AUGUUCUACGACCUUAACAUCCCGUACUCCGCAACCGAUACGAACCUUCCAACAACACUGGCAUUCCUGCAUGAGCUGGGCUACAGUGUCGCGGCUCUCAAUCAUACAAUCGCCGGGAAGCUGCCUACCGACUUGACCAGCCCAAUUCCAGAUCCUCUUCCAUUCAAGAACGUCCCGCCGAAGCUCACCGUGCUGCGCCGCGUUACGCUGGUUCUCACAGAAGCUCACCAAAAUGCGCGCCUUGCUGCUCUCGCAAAAGAGUACGACAUCCUUGCGGUACGACCAACUGAUGAGCGCACGCUCCAGCUAGCAUGCGGCUCGAUUGAUUGCGACAUCAUAUCCCUCGAUCUGACACAACGCCUGCCGUUCUUUUUCAAAUACAAAACCCUGAGCGAGGCGAUCAAGUCUGGGAAGAAGCUGGAGCUCUGCUAUUCACAAGGCCUGCUGGGAGAUGGGCAGUCUAGGAGGAACUUGAUCAGUAAUGCGACACAGCUGAUUCGCGCGAGCAGAGGCAGAGGACUACUGAUAUCAUCGGAAACCAAGGCCGGUGCUGUGGGUUUGAGAGGACCGUGGGACGCAAUCAACCUGGCUGCCGUGUGGGGACUGGGUCAGGAGCGUGGGAACGAGGCCAUGAGUAAAGAAGCGAGGAAUGUCGUGGUCUCUGCGCAAUUGAAGAGGACUAGUUACAAAGGUGUGAUCAACGUGGUAUAUGGCGGCGAGAAGCCCCAGCAAGCGGAGAAAGAUGCGAGCCUGCAGAAUAUCAAGGGCAAGCAAAAGCAGGGACAGAAGAGAAAGGCCGAUGCUGUGGAGCACUCCAGCGGCAAUGCGAAUGCUACUGGCGUCGAUCCACCAAUCAGUAAGCGUGAGGCUAAGAGGAGAGCACACAAGGCGAGGAUGCAAACGGCUACCAGCGGUGAUUCCAACAUCGGAGAUGACACAGCUCAGCACGUACAAGGGGUGACAUAG